UCAUGUAGUAUUGGACGCCUCCUCCCAUUUCAGGUUGGCUGCUUCCCUGACUGCCUCGGUGAAAGGGGUAGCUGUGAGGAGAGUAGGUGAUGGAAACCGAUGGAAGUUUGCAGUGGAAACGGUUAGAUAGCCGAGCUUGACCUUUUAUUCGGGACACAGAGACUCGAUCAGCUGGUGACACCAGACUAGCUGCCAUUUUUAGGUCAUUCGAGGCAUCCGGCUAACUUGUCUUGUGAAAAAAAAAAACAGCCUGCUUUAUUCGUCUGUUAGUCGCCCACUGGGAUGGGGGGAUCGCUUUGUCCUGUGCUGUCUAGUGGCGGAAUAUAAAUCAUGAUGGCUGAUGGAUGUUGCAGAGGGAUGGAAAGAGGCAGGGGUAAGAUUGCAUCAGAUUCUCUACCAAGACCCACAUAUUCUCAGCAAUAUGUGCAGACCGGACCCGUGCAGCAGCAGCAGCAGGGCAAUGACAUCCAGGAGUUAGCCUCCAAACGCGUCGACAUCCAGAAGAAGCGCUUCUAUCUGGAUGUCAAGCAGAGUGUGCGCGGGCGCUUCCUGAAAAUAGCCGAGGUGUGGAUCGGUAGAGGCCGCCACGACAACAUCAGGAAGAGCAAGCUGACGCUGUCUAUGUCGAUGGCUCCCGCUCUCCGCUACAGCCUGGGAGACUUCAUAGAUUACUACGCCCGAAUCGGACUGCGGGGGGGCCUCGCGCCUCCUCAGAUCGAGGAGCACAGCGGCGGCAGCAACAACGGCCAGGGCCGCGCGCACGACUCCCGCAGGAGGGCGCAGGAGCCGCACGCGGUACUGUCUCCCACCGGCUCCCCGGUGUCCGACGACCAUGCCCACCGCGUCCUCAAGAGCGAAUUAAUCGAGAGAGACAACAGGAAGUACUUCCUGGACCUGAAGGAGAACCAAAGGGGUCGGUUCCUCCGCAUACGGCAGACUGUCAGCAAAGGACACGGCACCAUGGGCUACUACGGCCAGGGCAUCGAGCAGACCAUCGUGCUGCCCGCGCAGGGCCUCAUCGAGUUCAGAGAUGCGCUGUCGCAGCUGAUCGAAGACUACGGCGACGAGGACAGCGACGACCGCGGGCGAACCGGCUCCAGGAAUCACGACGACAACCCCGAGCUUCCAGAGGCCGCGUCUUUCCGGGUGGACAACAAGAGGUUCUACUUUGACGUCGGCUCCAACCGGUACGGUGUCUUUUUAAAAAUCAGCGAGGUGCGGCAGCCGUACAGAAACACCAUCACGGUUCCCCUGAAAGCCUGGUCCCGGUUCGGAGAAAAUUUCGUCAGGUACGAAGAGGAGAUGCGACGGAUUUUCUCCUGUCACAAAGAGAAGCGGAUGGACGCGCGGCAGGACAGCGAGGAGCAGGAGGACUGACCUUGGCAGAAGGCUGGCUUUGUGCAUGUAUUCUAGGGAGCGUGUUAACGAGAGAUCCAGACGUGACAGCGCGCCCUAAAUACCCCCAUGACAGCGUGUGUGUUUCUGCAGCCUCCUGCACGAGACGCAGUGUCCACCUUCACUUUUUGGCUCAUGUCACCAAAGGGCUGGUAAACCACCAAUGAAUAACCUGCCAAGAAGUCAUCCAUUCACAGCCCAAUGCCUACAUCUGUUUCAGUGAGAGAAGAAAAUGUCAUUGGCAGUGCUAUUUAAUCCACUUUAGCCGGGGACCACCCGGGCCUAACCCCCCCCCCCCCCCUCUUAAAUUGAAGAGAUUAUAAAUUACAGCAUUGUUUUCGUUAUGAGUUCCAUUGAAAGGUCACAAUAGUGUGCUAAUCCACUUUAAUCAUUCAGCACAUUGGUAAUCACUUGUAUGACGUGCACAUGUGCAGAAAAGCACAGCUGCUCACUGAAAGUCAAAUUAUCUUAAUAUGUGUCCAUUAUAGAUUGUGCAAAAAAGAAAAAUAGAUAUUUGUGGUAACAAUUAUUUUUCAUCUUUGCAACUGAAAAGGAACAGAAGACCUCACAUGUAGAUUUGGCUUGUUUUUUUUUGGGGGGGGGGGGGCAAGCAGGAACUUGCUGUAAGUGCAACACACACCGGCUGCAUGGACCGAUAGAAAGAACAGACGCUGUCGACAUGCAGCGCACUGCUGGUGUGUGUUGCCCUUCAGUGGACUCCAACUACGAUUCCUUCCUACACAGGAAAUUUGUCAUUCAUCUAAAGAAUUACAAUGUUUAUUACAGUUGCCACUGCAGAACGCACACACACGCACGCAUGCACACACACUAGGUGUUGCCAUGUAGAGGUUAGGCUUUCACAUAAUAAAUUAUCUGCUUUUGCGUUCGUUUAUAAUGACACAACAAUGGAA